AUACACCACUACAGCAUUCGCUCUAUCCCUACUAUGGAAAAGGCAUGGAGGGACUUGGAAGUGGAUACAGUUUUGGCCAAAGCGAUCUGGAGUUCCCUCCCCCUGAUGGCCAGUUGUCUGGACAUGGAGGGGCCAUUUCAAGUUUUACACCCUCCCUACACCUCGGUUACCCUCACAUCCAACAUGGAGUAACACUACAGGAUUCGAUAUACUCUACCCCAGGGCUCAGUGGAAGAAGCUCCCAAGGUGCCAACACAUUCCAAAUGUCCAGAUUUCCUAUGAGUGUGGCUUCCGAAACAGCUGUCCGAGGUGUUCCGGUCAUUCCAGCUCCAGAUUUCAAUCCCAUUAUUUCACGUCAUCACCACGUGUCUCCCCACACUCCUUCCCCAUCACUGCCUCAUUUAUCAAACUUUGGUGAGUCCAGUUAUAUGUCACAUUCAGCUGACCACACUACAGUACCACAGACUACAGUAACCAAUAGUGAUCAUAAUCAUCCAUCGUUUGGUUCAAUCGUGGCAUCUGCUGUCUCCAAUAUUUCCACUAUGAACAUUCCACAACCAUAUGAUACCCGUGCUGGUGAACUCAUAGAAUCUCACGUGUCUGAUUUGUCAACUCUCCCGAGACUCCGAGAAAGCUCCUCGUAUAACUCUAUAAUGACUAACACAUCACAAUCCCAAACUUUUCUGGAAUUUCCACCAAGCACCUCUAGUGAAAGGGAAUCACAUAACACUGAGGCUAUUCAAACCGUCUCUUCUUUGGAAUCAUACUCACAACCUCUACUUAAUCAAACAUUCCAAGGACAGUCGACCUUAACUCGACCUUCACCCUCCUCCUCUUUUGCAGUUGUUAGAGGCAUGUUGCCUGAGCAACAACCAGUGUUACUUCCAAGACCACCCAAUGGUCAAACUCUGCCUAUGGAAAACCUGGAUGGUGAUCAGCAAGUUCCUAAUGCAGUUAUGUCCCCUGCAUCUGGCUGUUCUUCACCAAACAUUCGAAAUGCCUCUACCCAAGAUAACAGGCCUAUCAGUUUACUGCGCCAAAGUGUCGGCCAUGACAGUCUACAAUUACAAGUGGCACAGACAGACAAUAUGGCGACUCUUCAGAAUGAGACCAGCUUUGCCAAUUCAACAUAUAUAGGUGCUGAACUUUGUGAUGACGAUAAAUUUGCUGUGGCAUCAGAACCAAGCAAGAGUUCAAGUCCAGAAUCGUUUGAUAAUCCAACAGCAACAACUGCAACUGGGAAUCAGGACAAAAACUUAUAUCCUAUCGCAGGAAGUAGCAGAAUGGGGACAAAUUCAGGUUCCUGUUAUAAACCUGGAGAGAGACGAAGCCCAAGAAGAAGUAGCUCAAGACUGAUGGAUAAACAGAGUUAUACAAAUACACCUACAUCAUCAGACAAUGUGACAGACCAUCCACCGUCUACCAUUAACAAGGAGGACGAUGUUAGAGAUGGGACAAAAGAAACUGAUACAUCCCAAGCUAAAGUGAUAAAAAGAUCAGAAUUUGUUGAUCAUGAAAAAGAAUCCCGGGGAAUUAUUGCAGGUCAAAGGUUACCCACAGAUUCUACAAGUACAGUGGGAAGACGUAUGGUCCCUUUCUUCAAAAUCGGAAAGUUAUGGAGAAAGCCUAGAAGGUCUCGAUUAAAAGUGCCUCCGCCAAUAGACUUAUCCGUCUCUUCUGAAGAAGCUGAAGAUCUCAAUCUGGAGGAGGAAGAGGAGGAGUAUCAGUAUGAAUCUAUGACACAGGAACAAGAUGAGUCGUUUGUAAAAGAAGAAGGAGAGUCUCCUGGUUUUACAGGAGAAGACCAACAACAGUUCAUUAGGAUGUCUCAGCCUGUUUUCAGUAGAAAUGGUGAACAGGAAACAUGCGAUCUGUCAGAAUAUAACUCACUCGUAGAAAAUAGUCAGCAGUUUGUCGACAACCACACGUUUGAAAAUGAGGGGCGGGUAAGUCGGAGGAAAACAAGGAGAUCGUUCAUGUAUCAUACUGAAGAGUCUUCAGUUGGUAUUUCUGAUAAAAGAAAGAAGCCCAAUCUCAAUGAGGACUAUUUAACCAAGUGUACAGAGGAGCUUGUGGCCACCGCUAUGGGAGAUAUCCCAGUAGACAGUCAGGAUAAAAGGCGGUUCAACACCAAAUUAAAUCCGUUUGCCAUCACCUCCCCAAGCUUUGGUACUUCUGCAGCGCGUGCUGUCAUGACAACCUCAGUAGCUAACAAUGCUACUGUAAUCACAAUUUCUAUCAUGGGGAAGGGUAACGCAGCCAAGAAAGGCCAAACCAAGACUAUCAACAUCAACAAGGGGGUUAUAAUGUCAACUAGUUUCCAGGAUCGGCCCGUCAGGAAUAAGGAAGGGGUCGAAGAGGAAGAUCAAUCAGCGGUAGGCAAACAAACAACUUCUAUAAUGUCACGAUUAAAACGAGAGAAGGAGGAUCAGGGUGGACAGGAGGAUGAAGAAGAUGUUGUGGAGACAAUGGAGGUGAAUGUUCGUAUUGAUGAUUCUCAGCUUGUUCAGCACGGAGAACAGAAACGGUGGCAGUGCCACCUGUGUGAAAAGUCUUACACCACAAAGCAUAAUCUAGUGGCACACAUCCUUGACCACAAUAACAUUAAACCACACCUGUGUAUGGUCUGUGGCAAGUACUUCAAGCAGCUGAGCCACCUCAACACUCACAUGCUCACUCAUGAUAACAUACGGCCACAUAAAUGUGACAUCUGUGGAAAGGGCUUCACCCAGAUCAGCCAUCUCAAGAGACACAAUGCAGUACACUUGGACAGCAAGCCAUACAAGUGUGAUAUGUGUAGUCGUGGGUUUGCCUACCCGAGUGAGCUGAAAGCACACAAGGAGAAACAUGUGCAGGGACAUGAUAAAUGUGAAGAGUGUGGGAUGGAGUUUGAGAGUCCACGCGCUCUCAAACUUCACCAGCUCAAACAUGACAACCGUGAGGACCUCAUAUGCAAAUAUUGUGACAAAGCAUUCCGCUACCCUAGUCAACUGAAGGACCACUUAGUAUCCCACGAGGGUACACGUCCCUACAUCUGUGGGGAGUGUGGUAUGGAUUUCAUGAAGGAGCACCAUUUGAAGGCUCACCAGUUCACACAUACCGGACAACGCCCCUUUGACUGUCCAAAGUGUGGACGUACAUUCAAUCAACGGGCCAACAUGAUGCGGCACAUGCUGAUUCACAAUCCUACGAGGGCGUUCCGCUGUGAUGUAUGUGGCAAAACAUUUACACAGCCCCAGACACUGAAGGCUCACAGAGUGGUCCAUGCCGACAUAAAACCCCACAAGUGUAAAAUAUGUGGCAAGCAGUUUGGCCGUCUACACAACCUCCAGGGACAUAUCCAUAUGCACAACAAUAGUAAACCCUAUGUUUGUUUCUGUGGCAGCUCUUUCACUCUCAAAGGAAACUUGAACCGUCAUAAGAAGGUGAAGCAUGGCCUUAAUGAGAGUACAGAGAGUCUUGAGGAGGAGGCUGUAAGUUUCCUCAGCAGUCUGUCGGGUCGUACUCAGGUGGAGGAAGCUGAUGCCUUUUUGGACUAUAGUGAGUUUGAGCAGGAUUUAGACCAGAUCGCAUCAACCUCAGAUUCACGAACUCCACGCAAAGGUCGCAAGUCUGUAAUUCCUCGUAAGAUCAUGCGUCGCAGGUCUUCAGCAAAUCAAAAUGAGACCGAGGAUACUGACCAGGAAGAAGAGGUGGAGGAGGGUGAUUAUGAGGAGGAAGAGGAGGAUGGAGGUCAAGGACAGUCGGGGGGAGAAACUUUCUCAGGUUAUUUUGGUGAUAUUGGUAAGGGACCCAAACAACAGUGUUAUAUUACAAAUCAAAAAAGUGAAAAUCAGCAAAUUUCUCUACGCAAACGUAAAAUACCAAACUGUACCUCUAGAUCAGAUGAUAAUCCUGGCGAGUUGUCUAGUGAAAUGAGCGAAGGACAAGACAAUGAUGAUGUUAGCGACUCGGAGUGGAGGCCUGCAUCUAAACGGGUCAGGGCAGGAAAAGGUGCAAAACUAGACUCUAUAAUCGCACAGAAGUUUAAAAAUGUAUGAUUGUGUAAGAUCUUAAGUAUUGGCGGAUAAUUAGUAGAAUGUAAUAAUCCUUUAUAAUAUGUUGCAAGACCUUUAGAUACAUGUCUCUAGAUCUAUAAUCAAUGAUAAAAAAAAAUUACAAUAGAUAACUGAAUCAGUACAUGUAUGUUAAACAGUACAUGUAUGUUACAAUUAGUUGCUUAAUUAUAUCCAAUCAUCAUCCCAUCACAAAUAUGCAGUUUUUGUCAUCAAGGUCUAUUUCUUCAUCAUGUUCAUCAAAUACAAUCAUACUGGCAGGCUGUUGUACAAAACAAUCAUGCUGACAGGCUGAUGUACAAUACAAUCAUGCUGACAGGCUGAUGUACAAAACGUCAUGCUGAUAUGCUGUAAAAACAGUCAUGCUGAUGGGCUGAUGUACAAAACAUUCAUGCUGACAGGCUGAUGUACAAAACAGUCAUGCUGACAGGCUGAUGUACAAAACAGUCAUGCUGACAGGCGGAUGUACAAAACAGUCAUGCUGACAGGCGGAUGUACAAAACAUUCAUGCUGACAGGCUGAUGUACAAAACAGUCAUGCUGACAGGCUGAUGUACAAAACAGUCAUGCUGGCAGGCGGAUGUACAAAACAGUCAUGCUGACAGGCUGAUGUACAAAACAGUCAUGCUGAUAUGCUGAUGUACAAAACAGUCAUGCUGGCAGGCUGUUGUACAAAACAUUCAUGCUGAUAUGCUGAUGUACAAAACAGUCAUGCUGACAGGCUGAUGUACAAAACAGUCAUGCUGACAUGCUGAUGUACAAAACAGUCAUGCUGACAAGCUGAUGUACAAAACAGUCAUGCUGACAGGCUGAUGUACAAAACAGUCAUGCUGACAGGCGGAUGUACAAAACAGUCAUGCAGACAGGCUGAUGUACAAAACAGUCAUGCUGAUAUGCUGAUGUACAAAACAGUCAUGCUGACAGGCUGAUGUACAAAACAGUCAUGCUGACAAGCUGAUGUACAAAACAGUCAUGCUGACAAGCUGAUGUACAAAACAGUCAUGCUGACGGGUUGAUGUACAACACAGUCAUGCUGGCAGGCUGAUGUACAACACAGUCAUGCUGGCAGGCUGAUGUACAAAACAGUCAUGCUGACAGGCUGGUGUACAAAACAGUCAUGCUGACAAGCUGAUGUACAAAACAGUCAUGCUGACAGGCUGAUGUACAACACAGUCAUGCUGGCAGGCUGAUGUACAAAACAGUCAUGCUGACAAGCUGAUGUACAAAACAGUCAUGCUGACAGGCUGAUGUACAAAACAGUCAUGCUGACAAGCUGAUGUACAAAACAGUCAUGCUGAUAUGCUGAUGUACAAAACAGUCAUGCUGGCAGGCUGAUGUACAAAACAGUCAUGCUGAUAUGCUGAUGUACAAAACAGUCUUGCUGACAGGCUGAUGUACAAAACAGUCAUGCUGACAGGCUGAUGUACAAAACAGUCAUGCUGGCAGGCUGAUGUACAAAACAGUCAUGCUGAUAUGCUGAUGUACAAAACAGUCAUGCUGACAAGCUGAUGUACAAAACAGUCAUGCAGAUUGCUGACAGGCUGUUGUACAAAACAGUCAUGCUGGCAGGCUGAUGUACAAAACAGUCAUGCUGAUAUGCUGAUGUAUAAAACAGUCAUGCUGAUAUGCUUUACCUAAGAGAGAUUAAGUUUGGUUUAACAAUACCCAUUAGAAUAGGAUGGUAAUGGAAUCUUUUUAUGAGUAUGAUGCAACAGAUAAAGCAGUCAUUUCAGAUAAUUGAACCAGGGGACCUGUGGUUUCUAGUCCAACUCUUGAAUGAUGAGCUUAAGAGAAAUUUUCUCAUGCUCAUGAUCAGUUGACGACAGAAAGCACACUUUAUUAACUAUUGUUAAAAUAUUCGGUCUUUUGCAUGGGCAUAGAAAAACCAUUUUACUUUUCUCUAUUAUUAGAAAAAGUAGAACUUUAUGUAGCAGUUCUGGAGGUUAUUUUUCAGUGCUUUGCAGAGAAUCAAACCUACAAGAUCUAGGACCUCUGGUUUAUAAUCUAACUUUUAGCCAAAUGAACCAAAGAGAAAUUCUCUCUGGUCGAGUUGCUAGAAAGCAGCUAAUACUUUAUUACUUUUAUACUUUUAUUGUGAAAAGCUAUGUCAUGUUUAACACAGAUAUAGAUAAAUUAUGAUCUAUAUUUCAAAUAAUUUACAAAUAAGUAUAAUUUUAUGUUGAUUCUAAAAUCCUUCUAAAAACAUUAAAAACAUAGCAAACUAACCCAUGUUUAAAUGUAGCAAGUGAAAUAGUAAUACCGAUUGAAACACUUGGUUUUGAACUGAGUUAUAGAUGAGUUAAAUCCAGAGGGUGUAUAUUAUAUAUCUCAACAGAAUCUGUUACGGUUGUCUCAUAUUCUCAAGUAGUCUACAAUUUGAUCUGUAGUCCUUUACCAGACAAUGUCUGUUGUUUUGUUGAUCUGAUCAUGAUCUGUACCAGACAAUGUCUGUUGUUUAGUUGACCUGAUCUGUACCAGACAAUGUCUAUUGUUAAGUUGACCUGAUCAUGAUAUGUACCAGACAAUGUCUGUUGUUUAGUUGAUCUGAUCAGUACCAGACAAUGUCUGUUGUUUAGUUGAUCUGAUCAGUAGCAGACAAUGUCUGUUGUUUAGUUGACCUGAUCUGUACCAGACAAUGUCUGUUGUUAAGUUGAUCUGAUCUGUACCAGACAAUGUCUGUUGUUUAGUUGACCUGAUCUGUACCAGACAAUGUCUGUUGUUUAGUUGAUCUGAUCUGUACCAGACAAUGUCUGUCGUUUAGUUGACCUGAUCUGUACCAGACAAUGUCUGUUGUUUAGUUGACCUGAUCAGUACCAGACAAUGUCUAUUGUUAAGUUGACCUUAUCAUGAUCUGUACCAGACAAUGUCUGUUGUUUAGUUGACCUGAUCAGUACCAGACAAUGUCUGUUGUUUAGUUGACCUGAUCAGUACCAGAGGAUGUCUGUUGUUUAGUUGAUCUGAUCUGUACCAGACAAUGUCUGUUGUUUAGUUGACCUGAUCAGUAGCAGACAAUGUCUGUUGUUUAGUUGACCUGAUCAGUACCAGACAAUGUCUAUUGUUAAGUUGACCUGAUCAUGAUCUGUACCAGACAAUGUCUGUUGUUUAGUUGAUCUGAUCUUUACCAGACAAUGUCUGUUGUUUAGUUGACCUGAUCAGUAGCAGACAAUGUCUGUUGUUUAGUUGACCUGAUCUGUACCAGACAAUGUCUGUUGUUUAGUUGAUCUGAUCAGUAGCAGACAAUGUCUGUUGUUAAGUUGAUCUGAUCUGUACCAGACAAUGUCUAUUGUUAAGUUGACCUGAUCAGUAGCAGACAAUGUCUGUUGUUUAGUUGAUCUGAUCAUGAUCUGUACCAGACAAUGUCUGUUGUUUAGUUGAUCUGAUCUGUACCAGACAAUGUCUAUUGUUAAGUUGACCUGAUCAGUAGCAGACAAUGUCUGUUGUUUAGUUGACCUGAUCAUGAUCUGUACCAGACAAUGUCUGUUGUUUAGUUGACCUGAUCAGUACCAGACAAUGUCUGUUGUUUAGUUGAUCUGAUCUGUACCAGACAAUGUCUGUUGUUUAGUUGACCUGAUCAGUAGCAGACAAUGUCUGUUGUUUAGUUGAUCUGAUCAGUACCAGACAAUGUCUAUUGUUAAGUUGACCUGAUCAUGAUCUGUACCAGACAAUGUCUGUUGUUUAGUUGAUCUGAUCAGUACCAGACAAUGUCUGUUGUUUAGUUGAUCUGAUCAGUAGCAGACAAUGUCUAUUGUUUAGUUGACCUGAUCAGUAGCAGACAAUGUCUGUUGUUUAGUUGAUCUGAUCUGUACCAGACAAUGUCUGUUGUUUAGUUGACCUGAUCUGUACCAGACAAUGUCUGUUGUUUAGUUGACCUGAUCUGUACCAGACAAUGUCUGUUGUUUAGUUGAUCUGAUCAGUAGCAGACAAUGUCUGUUGUUUAGUUGAUCUGAUCAGUACCAGACAAUGUCUAUUGUUAAGUUGACCUGAUCAUGAUCUGUACCAGACAAUGUCUGUUGUUUAGUUGAUCUGAUCAGUACCAGACAAUGUCUGUUGUUUAGUUGAUCUGAUCAGUAGCAGACAAUGUCUAUUGUUUAGUUGACCUGAUCAGUAGCAGACAAUGUCUGUUGUUUAGUUGAUCUGAUCUGUACCAGACAAUGUCUGUUGUUUAGUUGACCUGAUCUGUACCAGACAAUGUCUGUUGUUUAGUUGACCUGAUCUGUACCAGACAAUGUCUGUUGUUUAGUUGAUCUGAUCAGUACCAGACAAUGUCUGUUGUUUAGUUGAUCUGAUCUGUACCAGACAAUGUCUGUUGUUUAUUUGACCUGAUCAGUAGCACACAAUGUCUGUUGUUUAAUUGAUCUGAUCUGUACCAGACAAUGUCUGUUGUUUAGUUGGCCUGAUCUGUACCAGACAAUGUCUGUUGUUUAGUUGACCUGUACCAGAUUAUGUCUGUUGUUUAGUUGACCUGUAGGAGACCUGUACCAGAUCGAUCUGUUGUUUAGUUGACCUGUACCAGACUGUGUCUGUCGUUUAAUUGAUCCGUAGCUAUAUAGGUGACCUGUACCAGAUUGUCUGUUGUUUAGGUGACCUGUACCAGAUUGUGUCUGUUGUUUAGCCGACCUGUACCAGAUUGUCUGUUGUUUAGCCGACCUGUACCAGAUUGUCUGUUGUUUAGUUGACCUGUAGGACACCUGUACCAGAUUGUCUGUUGUUUAGUUUACCUGUACCAGAGUGUCUGUUGUUUAGUUGACCUGUAGGAGACCUGUACCAGAUUGUGUCUGUUGUUUAGUUGACCUGUACCAGAUUGUGUCUGUUGUUUAGCCGACCUGUACCAGAUUGUCUGUUGUUUAGCCGACCUGUACCAGAUUGUCUGUUGUUUAGUUGACCUGUAGGACACCUGUACCAGAUUGUCUGUUGUUUAGUUUACCUGUACCAGAGUGUCUGUUGUUUAGUUGACCUGUAGGAGACCUGUACCAGAUUGUGUCUGUUGUUUAGUUGACCUGUACCAGAUUGUGUCUGUUGUUUAGUUGACCUGUAGGAGACCUGUACCAGAUUGUGUCUGUUGUUUAGUUGACCUGUACCAGAUUGUGUCUGUUGUUUAGUUGACCUGUAGGAGACCUGUACCAGAUUGUGUCUGUUGUUUAGUUGACCUGUAACAGCUUGUCUGUUGUUUAGUUGACAUGUAGGUGACCUUUACCAGACUGACUGUUGUUUAGGAAACCUGUACCAGAUUGUGUCUGUUGUUUAGGUGACCUGUACCAGAUUGUGUCUGUUGUUUAGUUGACCUGUACCAGAUUAUGUCUGUUGUUUAGUUGACCUGUAGGAGACCUGUACCAGAUCGAUCUGUUGUUUAGUUGACCUGUACCAGACUGUGUCUGUCGUUUAAUUGAUCCGUAGCUAUAUAGCUAUAUAGGUGACCUGUACCAGAUUGUCUGUUGUUUAGUUGACCUGUACCAGAUUGUGUCUGUUGUUUAGCUGACCUGUACCAGAUUGUCUGUUGUUUAGUUGACCUGUAGGACACCUGUACCAGAUUGUCUGUUGAUUAGUUUACCUGUACCAGAUUGUCUGUUGUUUAGUUGACCUGUAGGACACCUGUACCAGAUUGUGUCUGUUGUUUAGUUGACCUGUACCAGAUUGUGUCUGUUGUUUAGUUGACCUGUAGGAGACCUGUACCAGAUUGUGUCUGUUGUUUAGUUGACCUGUACCAGAUUGUGUCUGUUGUUUAGUUGACCUGUAGGAGACCUGUACCAGAUUGUGUCUGUUGUUUAGUUGACCUGUAGGAGACCUGUAGCAGCUUGUCUGUUGUUUAGUUGACAUGUAGGUGACCUUUACCAGACUGACUGUUGUUUAGGAAACCUGUACCAGAUUGUGUCUGUUGUUUAGUUGACCUGUAGGACACCUGUACCAGAUUGUGUCUGUUGUUUAGUUGACCUGUACCAGAUUGUGUCUGUUGUUUAGUUGACCUGUAGGAGACCUGUACCAGAUUGUCUGUUGUUAAGUUGACCUUUACCAGAUUGUGUCUGUUGUUUAGUUGACCUUUACCAGAUUGUGUCUGUUGUUUAGGUGACCUGUACCAGAUUGUGUCUGUUGUUUAGUUGACCUGUACCAGAUUGUGUCUGUUGUUUAGUUGACCUGUACCAGAUUGUGUCUGUUGUUUAGUUGACCUGUAGGAGACAUGUACCAGAUUGUCUGUUGUUUUAGUUGACCUCUACAACAUUCUAAUAUGUAAAUGCAUUAUAUAAGUGCUGAUUUUCUGUGUGUGAGCUGUUUGAUAUAUGGGUGGAUGUUUGUUAAUAUUUGUGGUGAUGUACGUGUGUGUGUGUGUGAAUGUGUGUGUGUGUGUGUGUGUGUGUGUGUGUGUGAUGUUUUGUAUAUAUAAGUGGUUGCUACACAGUCACUGUAUAUGUGAUAGAUUUUCUCAUUGUUACUUAUCCAUUUCAUUUAAAUGUCUUAGUAGGACCUAGCUCCAGUCAUUUCAAGUAACAUAAAAAAAUGUUGAAUUUGUGUGUAAGAGUUGAACUGUACAUGUCAAAUUAUGUUUUCUAUUUUCAAUAAUAUUAUAUCAUGUUCCUACGACAAUCUAGUCCCAUUCCACGUGUAUAUAUGUGAUUAUUUUGUAUUGUUUGUAUACCAACUUGUUUAUGUUAUUGUGUGUAUAGAUAUACACCAACUUGUUAUCAUUAUAUACUGUUUUUCACACUCUGUGUGUGGUAUUCCAGGGCCUAACACCCAGUAGCUUUAAUCCUAAAAUUUCAGUCAGUAAUACAAAUUGUGCUUGUAUAUUACAAUUUGUCAUCAAAAACCUAAAGACGAGGAAUUUGUUGUGUUGUACUUUUAUACCACAGGUGGAGAUUGUAUUGAUACAAUAAAGAAAAUCACUCUUUUUU